AUGUCGGGAGCUGUGGCCAACGCAGAGAAACAGUCAAUCGAGAAGAAGGAGGCCGACUCCUACUCCGAGUCCGCGCGAGGACCCGUCGAUGUGAACGCCAAGCUCGCAAACCCCUUAGAGGGGAUCCCCCAAGAGCAAGUCAUGGAUGACGCUGAGGCGUUCGCCAAGAAAUAUGGCCUCGGGGAACUCAGCGAUGUCUUCAGAAAGGCGGCACUCGUCGCUCAGGAUCCCUUGGGCUUCGAGACACUCCCCCAUCUCACCGACGAAGACAGGGACUGCCUCAGAAGAGAGGUCACCCACCGAUGGGAUCAGCCAAAGAUGCUGUAUUACCUGGUCAUCUUGUGCUCUGUGGCUGCUGCCGUUCAGGGAAUGGACGAGACUGUGGUCAAUGGUGCUCAAUUGUUCUAUGCUUCUCAAUUCCAUAUCGAUCCCAGCGUCGGUGGGGCGGCCGGGGGAAGAAAUCAAUGGUUGCUCGGCCUGGUUAACUCUGCCCCAUACUUGUGCUGCGCUGUGCUAGGUUGCUGGCUGACGGACCCAUUGAACAGGUUGUUCGGACGUCGGGGAACAAUUUUUAUCACCGCAACAUUCUCUUUCUUAACUUGUAUUUGGCAAGGCGUGACCAACUCGUGGCCACAUCUCUUUGCCGCUCGAUUCGUCCUCGGUCUGGGUAUCGGCCCAAAAAGUAGUACUGUCCCCGUAUAUGCGGCGGAAUGUGCCCCUCCCGCCAUCCGUGGUGCCCUCGUAAUGAUGUGGCAAACUUGGACGGCCUUUGGGAUCAUGAUCGGUUAUGUUUCAGGCCUGAUAUUCUUCCGUGUACCGGAUAAGCCUAAUAUUACUGGCUUGAACUGGAGGUUGAUGAUGGCUAGUGCUGGUAUCCCCGCUCUUUUCAUUAUGGCCCAAGUAUUCUUCUGCCCCGAGUCCCCGCGUUGGUACAUGUCGAAAGGCCGCUACGACAAGGCAUACGAAUCGCUCAGUAGGCUCCGUCACAAACCAAUCCAGGCCGCACGAGACCUGUACUAUAUUCAUGUCCUUCUAGAAGCCGAGCGUGAAAUCAGUCAAGGCAAGAAUAGAUUCCUAGAGCUCUUUGUCGUGCCCCGUAACCGUAGGGCCACAUUGGCAAGUUUGAUUGUCAUGUUCCUACAACAAUUCUGCGGUGUCAACGUCAUUGCGUACUACUCGUCAAACAUCUUCACCGAAGCCCGUUUCUCCGAAACACAAGCUCUAUUGGCCUCCUUUGGUUUCGGGUGCAUCAACUUCGUCUUCGCCUUCCCUGCUGUGUACACUAUCGAUACCUUUGGGAGACGAAACCUGCUGCUUACAACUUUCCCGUUGAUGGCUAUCUUCCUUCUCAUGACCGGUUUCGCAUUCUGGAUUCCUGAAGGGAAUGGCCGUCUUGCUGUCGUCGCGUUGGGUAUCUAUCUCUUCGGUAUCGCGUACUCUCCCGGUGAAGGACCGGUACCUUUCACGUAUUCUGCGGAGGCCUUCCCUCUGUAUGUUCGUGACAUUGGCAUGUCGCUUGCUACCGCUGUCCUCUGGUUCUUCAACUUCAUCGUCGCCAUCACGUUCCCCCGUCUGCUAGGUGCAUUCGGCCCCCAAGGCGCCUUCGGUUGGUAUGCCGCAUGGAAUGCUGUUGGAUUUGUUGUGAUCCUGUUGUUUGUACCCGAGACGAAGGCACUCUCCUUAGAAGAAUUGGAUGCAGGCAUGUGUCCCCGACUAUCUCCUGCACAAGUACUUCUCCCUAACAACCCAACAGUCUUCAGUGUACCAACACAUGUCCAUGCGGCAUAUCAGAUCAAAGCCCUACCUCAUAACAUAAAGAAAUACUUCUUCAGAAUGAAGGUCGAUCCCCUCCCACCUCUAUACGACCACGAACGUCUCGCCAAGAGCCCCAAAACAUAUGCCCCUGGCGGCGCAGGCCAUGCAUGA